ACUUUCUGCCAUAUCACUGUCGACUAUGCAGAAGUGCAGAUACUCUCUCGAGAAGUAGACCACUUACCGUUGUCUCUGAGGGUUUAUAAGAAAUCCUUCAGUUAAAUGUUUCUCAGUUGAGAGGUAUGUGGCUAGUUCUCCGAAACAUCAGUUUGAGUGCUGAUACCUUUUAAACAAAAAAAAAAAAAAGGGAGUACUGUUGUCUGUUUACACAAGGGCAACCAACUACUAAAACGUAACGUCUUUCAUUGAGGAAUCUUCAAGUUCAAGUUGUCAGUUACCUGUUCACCAAUUUUAUUCCAUGUGGAAUUUAUUUCCAGUCCCUUUUCCAGGCUGAAUAAAACCAGAAUGAGGACUUCUGUGAUGGCAGCCUGUUUGCUUGGACUGUUUCUCUUUGUAUCGCAGCCGCUGUCUGUUCCAUCCAGGCAAAUUGUAAAUGAUGAGGCUGGCGCGUCACCAAAGACUGUUGACGAUGAGCAACUAAAAGCACCUUCCGUCCAAAAUGAGACCCAAACAGCUGUCCAUCCGAAUGGAACCAGCCAGCACCUGCCUCAAACUAUUAUCAUCGGAGUGAGGAAAGGUGGGACGAGAGCUUUAAUUGAAAUGCUAAGUCUCCACCCUGGCAUUGCAGCAGCAGAGAGCGAGGUUCACUUUUUUGAUUGGGAGGACCAUUUUGAGAAAGGCUUACAGUGGUAUGUCAGUCAGAUGCCUUUCUCGUACCCCCACCAAAUCACAGUGGAGAAGACUCCAGCAUAUUUCACUUCUAGUAAAGUGCCAGAGAGAAUUCAUAAAAUGAACCCGGCCAUCAGGCUCCUCUUGAUCCUGAGAGACCCCACUGAGAGAAUCCUCUCGGACUACACUCAGGUGUUUUACAAUCAUCUGCACAAGCACAAGCUGUACCAGCCUAUUGAGACGGUGCUUAUUAAAAAUGGGGACAUCAGCAUGGACUACAAAGCAUUAAACAGAAGCCUGUAUUACAUCCACAUGCAGAACUGGUUAAAGUAUUUUCCUCUAUCACACAUUCACGUGGUUGAUGGAGAUGUCUUGAUCAAAGACCCCCUUCCUGAAAUGAAAAGGGUUGAAAAGUUUUUAAACCUCUCGGCACAAAUCAAUGCCUCAAACUUUUAUUUUAACCAAACAAAAGGUUUUUACUGCCUAAGGGACCGUGGCAGAGAGAGGUGUUUACAUGAGUCAAAAGGAAGAGCACAUCCUCAAGUGGCUUCCCCAAUACUUAAUAAGUUAUACCAGUUUUUUCAUGAGCCAAACAAAAAAUUCUUUGAACUGAUUGACAGGACCUUUGAUUGGCAUUAAUUUAUGCUGGUGUAUAGUUGAUAUGAAAAUUGACACAUUCCAGCAGCAUAAACUAUAAGCAGUAUUUGUAGAUAAUAGGGAAUAAUUUACAUGUAAAUGUAAUCCAAGUGAAAAAAAGAUAGUGUACAGUAUACAUGAUAUACAUAAGGUAAAUAUAUUUUUUUACAAGUUUUGAAAAUAUAGCAUCAAAAGCCAGUUGUGUGACUGUUUAUCUGUGUUCAUUGAUUGCAUGCUUUCUCUUCUGUUGGUAAUAUAAUUUGAACAGUGGACAUGUGUUUUCUGUACACUUGUGGCAGCGUAGGUUUGGAUUGCUUUGUGAACAAUUCUGCACAAUAAAGACAGUAUUAUUCUAGUAAUGUACUGCAGACUUGUCUCCCAUUUGUUCCAGGCUGUAUAGUUUACUAAAACAGGAUGCAAACAUCCCCAGAACAGCAUAUUACCAACUGUGAUUACAGAGUGCAUUUAGAAAAAUAAAUAAAUAAAUACCGCCAAACUGCUUGUAAAUGUAUAAAUUAACAUUUAUUUUUGUGUGGUUCCAAAUGGUUAAGCGAAGUGUAAAAAAAAAAAAAAAAAAAUCAUAACCAAAGCUAAGUGUUCGCCUACAGUUUAUAAACGUUCACAUGGCCAGUACAAAUUAUUGUUAUUAAAGGGUUAAGCUUGUGUUGGCCUGGCUGUGCUUUGCAAGUGAAUGGCAGAACAUGUUAAUAUUUCCCACUUCUAUCAACUGAAAAAUAAGAUUGUGCCCACUUAUGGAAUGCAUUUCUAUCCCUAAAGCUACAACUAUUAUAAAGCCUUUUUGUUUCAAGUGCUUUCCCGCAAUGACCCGCUGUACCUAUCAGCAAGGAAGCGUUAGUCUUGCCUUAAGUGUAACUUCAUUAAUUAAACUAACAAUGGGAUAUGGGUUCUGUAUAGCAGUUUUAUCUCUGUUAUAUGAAUAUAUAUAUAUAUAUAUUUUUAAUAAGCCUCUUUAUUGGUAACAGAUUUCAUGAUUUUGAAGUGAAGGAUUAUGUUGAACUAAUAAAAAAUACUAUUUUUUA